AUGGUGUCCGACUUCCGAAAGAAAAAACUGCUAUUCAUUUUCAAAGUAAUUUUCGACGCCGAUGAAAGUGGUGAAGCUGAGAAGAAAGAUUUUGAUCUCUUUUUGGAAAAAAUCUCAAAACUUCUAGGCUGGAAGGAAAGUGACGUGGUGUACCAAGUGGCUCGGGACUCGCUUGCUGAAAUUUGGAAAGGCAUAUCUUGUGGUGCCGAUGUUAAUAAAGAUGGUAAAGUAACAGCGGAUGAAUGGUUGGCCAUGUGGGAUUUACCUGAGUCGGUGUGUCGUUCUUGCUUCAAUGAUUGGCAGAAAUUGUUCUGUAAAGUCUUCUUUUAUAUACAAGAUAAAUCAUCGGAUGGUGCUGUGGAUUGUCAGGAAUUUGUAGACGUCCAUGUUGCUAUCGGUUUACCGAGAGAAGGGGCGAGUGAAGCCUUCAAAAAGUUGGCACAAGGUAAGCCUAGCAUUUCAUGGGAAGAAUAUCAAGAACGCUACGCUGAAUACUUCUUGUCGGAAGACGAAAAUGCGCCUGGUAAUUGGCUUUUUGGUUCAGAUAGAUUUAACGAAUAA